ACUGAUUAGAUUCCGAUGGACGGCGCAGAUCCCCCGAUUCCCUCCCCUCCGUCUCCCUCCUUUUUUAACCACCCCACACGGCUCCAGACUCCAGAGCCUGAGCUGAGCCACUCGCCCCCCUUGCCACUCCGGAUUCCCCCCUCCGCUCCCAAAGAAGACGGCGAGACCAAACCGCCGCCGCCGUCGCUACCCUACCACCGGGAGAUCCGUCCGUCCGAGGUGACCAUGUCUACGCGGAAGCGUCCCAGGAACAACAACGGCUCCACCUCCACGCCGGCGUCGUCCGCGGGGCGGAGCGGCGGCGGCGGCUCGACGACGUCGUCGUCCUCGUCCUCGUCCGCGAUGCGUCGGACGACGAGCCUGUCGGACCUCGCGCCACCUCCGGAGAUUCCAGGUAGGCCCCAGACGCGGGCGGCGAGGGGAGAUGCGGUGGUGGCGGGGGCGGGCACCGUGUGGGUGGGUGCCGAGAUGAUGAGGAGGCACUCGGGGGACUUCCUCCCAGCCAUGGAGACGGCAGCCUUCCUCAAGGCCUGCGGCCUCUGCAAGCGCCGCCUCGGCCCUGGCCGUGACACCUUCAUCUACAUGGGUGAGGUGGCCUUCUGCAGUCAGGAGUGUAGGCAGCAGCAGAUGAACCUGGACGAGCUCAUGGAGAAGAAGUGCUCCACUCCGGCUGGCGGCAGCGGCGGCGGUGGCGGCGGUGGCAGCUCAGAUCAGUCCGGCAAAAGCAGCACCGUUGCGGCCGCCUAGCAUCGAUCGUCAGAGGGGUAAUAAACAAAGAAAAUUUUAAUUUGGAACCCUGGUAUAUACAGGGCCCAAAUGCAUUAGUUUCAGACCAUCUCAGCCUAUGUAUAUCCUAUAUUUUUCUGGAGUCACUGUGUGUAUAUUGGUGGGUAGGGAAGGGAAGGGAAGGGAAGGAUGUAGAGAUUGAAACUGGGGAGCAUGCUUAAGUUUUGCAAUGCAUCUGUGCCUGUGGGGGUGUUUGUCUUGAGCACAAGGGGCUGUGUUAAAUCCUGGUGCAAAGUAGGGAGUUAGGAUCUGGACCUGUUUAUGUUUUUGUUUUUCCUAAAGGAAGAACAUAAGUUCUUCAUACUGUUGCCGAAUCAUUCUCUCUUGAAUGAUUUUUUUUUAAAUAUUUUCGUGGAAGUUUUUGUUUUAGGAACACUGAGCUUGAAAAAAAGAUUUACCCUAUAUAUAAGAGCAGUUUUUGUCUCA